UUCCCACUUUACUGUUUGUAACCACUUAACAUUCACCCCACUAAGACCCACAUCAUAUCAGGACAAAUCUCCAUUUAAAGCUUUCACAGCAUCUAUACAUUUAAUUUAAUUCAUUCAUUCAUCUGUCUCCUUACACCUCUAUUACACUACCAGAUCCUUCCUCUUUUUGGUUCAUCCUAACCACAUACCUCUCUUCUUUUUUUAGUAGCUUAUUUAGCAGCUUCCCAUUUUAUCUUACUGACAUUAAAUCAAUCAUUAAAAAAAAAAGUGAAAAAAUAAAAGGGGGCUCUUUAAUACAGUAUUCUGCUCCAUUAUAUUCAUUCUUGGAACCCCAUAUCUUUAAAGAAAGAGUAGAACCUAUUCAGAUUCAAGAAUGGACCACUUGAGAAGCAAAGCUCCACCAUUUGCCACUGUUUUCUUCCUCUUUCUCACUCUUUCAUGGGUUUCUCAGAACACUUACGGACAGCAAAAGCAACCCAUUAAAACAGUUGUUGUGUUGGUGUUGGAGAACAGAUCUUUUGAUCACUUGCUUGGAUGGAUGAAGAAAUCAGUGAAUCCUCAUAUUAAUGGUGUCACUGGUAAAGAGUGCAACCAAAUGUCAACUAAAUCCCAAGUUACUGAAACAAUAUGCUUCACUGAUGAUGCUCAGUAUGUGGAUCCAGACCCUGGUCACUCCUUUGAAGCUGUGGAACAACAGGUUUUUGGCUCAGGGUCCAUUCCUUCAAUGUCUGGCUUUGUGGAACAAGCACUCAGUAUGUCUCCAAACCUAUCAAGAACAGUCAUGAGAGGAUUUAAGCCCGAAAACGUCCCAAUUUACGCGACAUUAGUUCGUGAAUUCGCAGUAUUUGAUAGAUGGUUCUGUUCAAUUCCUGGUCCAACUCAACCAAACAGGCUAUUUCUCUACUCUGCCACUUCACAUGGUUCCACUAGCCAUGUGAAAAAGCAGCUGGCUACUGGAUAUCCACAAAAGACCAUAUUCGAUUCGCUUCACGAAAAUGGAAUUGAUUUUGGUAUAUAUCACCAGACAUUACCAGCAACUCUGUUCUUUAGAAAUUUGAGGAUGUUGAAGUAUAUGUUUAAGUACCAUUCGUAUGAUUUGAAGUUCAAGAAAGAUGCUAAAAAUGGUAAUUUGCCGAAUUUGACAGUAAUUGAGCCAAGGUAUUUUGAUAUUACGGGUUAUCCAGCAAAUGAUGAUCACCCAUCACAUGAUGUUGCUAAUGGACAAAAAUUAGUGAAGGAGAUAUAUGAGACAUUAAGAAGUAGUCCACAGUGGAAUGAGACACUUUUUAUUAUUACAUAUGAUGAACAUGGUGGAUUUUAUGAUCAUGUCCAAACUCCUUAUGGUGAUGUUCCAAAUCCAGAUGGAAAUACUGGACCUGCACCUAAUUUCUUUAAGUUUGAUAGGCUUGGCGUUCGUGUACCAACCAUUAUGGUUUCUCCUUGGAUCAAGAAAGGAACUGUGAUAAGCAAACCAAAGGGACCAAAACCAAAUUCGGAGUUUGAGCACUCAUCAAUCCCUGCAACAAUAAAGAAGAUAUUCAAUCUCACAUCCAGCUUUUUAACUCAUAGAGAUGCUUGGGCUGGCACUUUUGAGCAAGUUGUAGGUCAAUUGUCAUCUCCAAGGUCUGAUUGUCCUGAAGUUCUACCUGAUGUAGCUCCAUUGAGGAAGACACAAGCGGAUGAAACUCGAGGGCUGUCCGAGUUUCAGAGUGAAAUAGUGCAGUUAGCAGCCGUGUUGAAUGGAGACCAUUUCUUGAGCAGUUUCCCACAUGAAAUGGGGAAGAAAAUGAGCGUGAAAGAAGCUCAUAAUUACGUAACAGGUGCAGUUUCAAGAUUUAUUAGUGCAAGCAAAGAAGCUACUAAGUUAGGAGCAGAUGAGUCUACCAUUGUAGACAUGAGAUCUUCUCUCACAACUAGAUCCUCAGUCCAUCACUAGUUAACGAGCAAAGGCGUUUGGACAAUAUUUGGUUGAAAUCGAAAAAAAAAAAAGAGCAUUUAGAAGUUUAGUGGAGUAUAUUAUUUGUGGAUUUUGACGUCCAUAUAGUUCAUGUUACGUUGUUCCUAGAUUCGUCGCUUAAAUCCCCAGAAAGAAGAAACUGCAGUAGAGAUUAAGUUUUAGUAGCUAGCCUCUAGCAAUGUGAUAUAAGGUAGAUUAAAUAGUUUAGGUUCAUAGGAUCUGCUUAAUUCCUUCUGGAGCUUCCCCAAAUGGUUUGGAUUUUUACAAGAACUUUGAUUUUUGGGAAAUGUUUAUUAAGUUUAGACAUGUGAUUGUACGAGUUGUGAUAAAAAAAGAGUCACGGGAGAAUGAAUUGAAAGAAUGCAUUGAAAACAAAAGCCUUAUACGAUUA